CAGGAAUUCAGGUCAGGGCUUUGCCCUGGAACAGCCCCAGGCAGUUUGGGUGGGAGGCUGAGGAGCACCUUGGGCUGACAUGAAGCCUUUGCAUUUUGUGACUGUUCCAGCUGGGCAGAUCCCGUGCUCAAGUGGUGUAAACUGGCCUCUCUCCUGGAACAAGGCACAGCCUGUGCCCCCCGCAAAGGGGGAUGGAAGCAUCACCGUGAGCCCUCCCUGCUCUGGUACAUGGUGAUGUGUCCCAUCUGAUUUGUUCUGUGCCCUCUCCCAUGGUGGGUAGCUGAUCAGACGGGUGAUAGCAGAGACCUCCAGCGGUGGCAUGACAGCCAACGAUGUCAUCAUGCACUCCGUGCUCCCAGAUCUGCCCUUCGGAGGUGUGGGUCACAGCGGGAUGGGCGCCUACCACGGCAGGCACAGCUUCGAGACCUUCUCCCACCGCCGCGCCUGCCUGAUCAAGGACCUGAGCUGGGAGGCUGUGAACAAGCUGAGGUACCCACCUGGCAGCAUGGAGAUGGUGCAUUUGGCCAGGCUCUUCCUGCUGAGGCAGUGUAACAGGAGCAGAGUGGGACACUUCAUCUCGGCCCUGCUGGCGGCUGUGAAAGUCGUGGUGGCAAAGGUGUUGUACCCCCAGUGAGAGAGGUGAUGGCCAGCCAGCCCUUGGACCCGCUGCUCGCUCCCUGCAGCCCUACUGCUGAACUUUCCUUUGCUGCGAUUUCAUUUCUUCCAAGGCAGCCAAUGCACUGGUGAGGUAGAAGACAAAAAAAAAAAUACACCUAAAGCAGAGACCCCCCAAGUUAAAGGCUCCAGCUAUCCAGACCUAGUCCGUGGAUCAUGCCUGAGCAGUGAGUGGCAGAUGGAAGGAAACAGCACCCACCCUCCUCUGUAAACAGUAGCUCCUCUAAAACCUCCUGGGAACGUGGGAGUGUUUUUCACUGAGCCUGUUACCUCUGUAACACCUCACCUGAUCCCCAGAGGAAGCCGCUCAUCACAGCCAUGAGCCUGGGAAAUGAGGGUCUCGCUGCAGGGGACAGUUCAGGCUGGUUGUCCCUGGAGCAGAGGGAAAGGAGCCUCGAAGAACCUGCAGCAUCUCAUCCUUGACUGAUGGGUGAUGCUCUUUGCAGGGAAACCACCUUUAUUUAUCCAAGGUGUGCAAAAGCCACCUGAGCUGUCCCAAGGACUUGAGAAGUGCCAGGGACUGUUGUGCUGCUGUAUUUGGGGCUACUGGGGCAAAGACAGGGGCACUGCUGCAGCUGGAGUCCCAGGUCUCAGGCAUCCUUGGCCAGAGUGGCAGAGCAGUCACAGCCACCUCUGUAUCUGAAUUUCAGAGGUUUAUUCAUUUAUGGAUAGUCUUUUACCUCCAAACUUGUAACUGAGAGCUGCCCUUGACCCUUGCUGAAUAAAACCUUUAUUUUGCUGCGAAG